AUGAAUUCGGCGGCGGCGGCGGCGGCGGCGGCGGCGGUGACGCCCGCGCGCGGUGACGCCCGCGCGCGCGGUCGAGCGAGUCGACGAACGGUCGGUAAGGAACGACAGCGCGUCCGCACCGCGGCGAGAGGCUCGGGAGGCGGUGGGGGACGCGGAGGGGAGAUUCAGAGGGAGCUCGCGAAUGCGUCGAGCGCGGAGGACGCGUUGCGAGUGGUCGAGAGGGAUCUGGAGGUCUUCGACGCCGUGCACGCGGCGACGGCGCUGCACAGAGUGGCGAAAUUUUCAUCGCCGUCAUCGAGGUUGGAUGCGAGGGAUUUUGAUCGCGUGGAGGCGGUGACGAGGGACGAGCGUUUCAAGGCGCUCGCGUCCACGGUGGGCGACCGGAUGAAUGAGUUCGACGCGUUCGGAUUGGCGAAUGUCGCGUGGAGUUUCGCGAAAAUUGGGUACACACCGAGUCAGGAUACGUUAAAUGCGCUCGCAUCGAGGCUCGAACGCGAGGUUUUGAAGCACGGGGCGAGCGUGAAGCCGCAGUCGUUGAGUAACGCGGCGUAUGCCUUUGGGCGCUUGCGCUACAAGCCGCCAAAAUCAACGCUCGAGGCGCUGUGUGAGGCGACGAUGCGGCAGAUGGAUAAAUUUAGAACGGAUGAGUUCGCGGGUAUGAUGCUCGGUCUCGCGCACCUUGAUCACGUUCCGAGCGCGGAGUUUCUUGGCGAGGCAACGACUUUCAUCACGAGGAAUUUGCGUGCUUUCGACGAUACGGCUACAUGUAACGUCCUGUGGGCGUUCGCACGCAUGGAAAGUCGUAAGCUCAAGGGUGAUGUCAUCGACGCACUGCUCAUUCAACUCGCAUCGCAAAAUUUGGGUGGAGCGAACAGUCACGUGAAUGUGCCCAUGUGCAUGUACGCGUGCGCGAGGCUCAAUCACCAGCCAUCACCGGCUUUCAUCAACGCGAUCGAUAAGGAAGUGCCACGUUGCGCUCGAAAGAUGAACAUCGGCUCGAUCGACUCCAUGUUUUGGGCUCUUGGCUCCCUCGGUGGUGUCGGUGAGGGAAAAACGACGCUCGGCGCAGAGGCAUAUGAAGCGCUGUGCGCCGCGGUGGCGACUAAGCGCGACAUCGACGCCGAGCUUGUCGCUAAGGUGUUUUGGACUCUGGCCAAGGUGAACUACAAGCCACAAGAUUCCACGCUUGUCGGCCUCGCAAAGAUGGCGAAAGGGCGCGCGAAUGAGUUGGACGAUGAAAACUUGAUCAUCAUCAUGCACGCCUGGGGAGUGCUUCGCUGGAAUCCGGGAGAAGAAGUGGUUGAGGAGUACGUCGAGCGGUUCAUCGGCAGCCAAGAUUUGGUUCCUGGACAAGCCGCCAAGCUUUUGUGCGCCUACGGUAGAAUUCGCUGGUCGCCUCCGAUCGAACAUGCGAGGGCGCUCAUCGAGUUGAUUCUUCACGCGGCUGAGGGUGCAAAGCUGCAGCCCGCAACGGCUGUGCUUGGAUUGUGGGGCUCUGCUUUACUCGGGUUGGAACUCACCGCCGCCCAGCUGGAUGUACUCGCCCAGAACACGACCAAGCAGAACCUCUCACCUAAAUCGCUCGUUAAGUGCGUAUGGUCUCUCGCAGCAUUGGGAUACGAUCCCACGCCGGUGGACUUGGCGAACUUGGUGCAAGUGACAGAUGUCGCUUCCGGAAGUCUCCCAGUGAAGGAUCAGUCGGCACUGAAGCAGGCCAUGACUCGCUUGGGCGCGUACUCGUGA